CGUAGUGCCCGGCUCCGCGCUCGUGGAGGGCGCCGGGUCCGCGGGAAGGGCGGCCCGGCGGGGUUUAGGAGCGCGGGUUGUUAGUCCGAGUGUCCGUGCGAAACCAGGCCUCGGGGGGCUGAGUGGUUUGCUGGGCGCCGCACGGAUUCGCGUCCCAGGUCAGAGCAGCACACGUGCUCUUUCGCUGCCCACCUGGGAGGGAUGGGGCUGGUCCGUGGAGCGGAGAGUUGGGAGCCGCAGGGGCGGGGGGUCCCGACCGGCCCAGGCUGGGGGCGCUCCGCUGGGAACUGGCCCCUCAAGCUUUGGCGGAGGUCAAUGCAGUGUUAUUGCGGGUGGAGCACGUGGAGCUGCAUCUGGCCCCUCUCUUGUCGCCUCUCCCGGAGCACGGUGGAGCUGCCUGGGGCGGGAGAACAAGACAGGGCCGACACCUCUCUGAGCUCCUUGUGACAGGAUGUCACAGGCUCGCCUUCGGACCUGUCUGCGGAGGCACUGCCUGAGGGGACUGGUGAAGUGGCUUGGCGCUCGGGAAAGGGUCGCUACAAACAGUCUUGUCAUUGCAGUCUCUGCCAUAGGGGCUCCCGUGGAGAACGUGUCCCAGCGGCACAGGCUGGCAUAACUUACCUGGAGCGUCUGAGACCCUGAGAUGUUCGGAGAGGGGUUUGUCUCGCAGACCCACACAGCCUGCGUUUCAGCCAGCUUCUGUGUCCGCCCGAGACAGAGAGUAGGCCAGUAUGCCCAAGAUAACCCUGAAUGGUGUGACAGUGGAUUUCCCUUUCCAGCCAUACAAAUGCCAAGAGGAGUACAUGAGCAAGGUCUUGGAGUGUCUGCAGAAGAAAGUGAACGGCGUUCUGGAGAGCCCCACGGGCACGGGGAAGACGCUGUGUCUCCUCUGCAGCACGCUGGCCUGGCGGGAGCAGCUCCGAGACGCUGUCUCUGCCCGCAAGAUUGCCGAGAGGGUGUCAGGGGAGCUCUUCCUUGACCGCGCCUUGGCGUCCUGGGGGAACGCUGCCCUGGAAGGAGAUGUCCCAGUGUGCUACGCGGACGUCCCAAAGAUCAUUUACGCCUCCAGGACCCACUCGCAGCUCACUCAGGUCAUCAGUGAGCUCCGGAACACCUCCUACCGGCCCCGAGUGUGUGUGCUGGGCUCCCGGGAACAGCUGUGUAUCCAUCCUGAGGUGAAGAAGCAGGAGAGUAACCACAUGCAGGUCCACUUGUGCCGCAAGAAGGUGGCAAGUCGCUCCUGUCACUUCUACAACAACGUGGAAGAGAAGAGCCUGGAGCCGGAGCUGGCCAGCCGCAUCCUGGACAUCGAGGACCUGGUCAGCAGCGGGACGAGGCACAGAGUGUGCCCCUACUACCUGUCUCGGAACCUGAAGCAGCAGGCCGACAUCAUCUUCAUGCCCUACAACUACCUGCUGGACGCCAAGAGCCGCCGUGCAUAUGGCAUCGACCUGAAAGGGGCGGUCGUCGUCUUUGACGAAGCUCACAACGUGGAGAAGAUGUGUGAGGAGGCCGCGUCCUUCGACCUGACGCCCCACGACGUGGCUUCGGGACUGGACGUGAUAGACCAGGUGCUGGAGGAGCAGGCCAAGGUGGCGCGGCAGGCGCUCCACCCGGAGUUCAGCGCGGACUCGGCCAGCUCAGGGCUGAACUUGGAGCUGGAGGACCUCGCGAAGCUGAAGACGAUCCUGCUUCGUCUGGAGGGGGCCAUCGACGCCGUGGAGCUGCCUGGAGGUGACGGCGGCGUCACCAAGCCUGGGAGCUACAUCUUUGAGCUGUUUGCCGAAGCCCAGAUCACGUUUCACACCAAGGGCUGCAUCCUUGACUCCCUGGACCAGAUCAUCCAACACCUGGCAGGACGUGCCGGGCUGUUCACCAACACGGCAGGGCUGCAGAAGCUGGCAGACAUCAUCCAGAUCGUGUUUGGCGUGGACCCUGCUGAAGGUGGCCCCAGUGCCGUGGUGGGGCCGGGGUGUCAGUCCUACAAGGUGCACAUCCACCCUGAUGCUGGUCACCGGAGGACGGCUCAGCGGUCAGAUGCCUGGAACGCCACGGCAGCCAGAAAGCAAGGGAAGGUGCUGAGCUACUGGUGCUUCAGCCCUGGCCACAGCAUGCGUGAGCUGGUCCACCAGGGCGUCCGUACCCUCAUCCUCACCAGCGGCACACUGGCCCCCGUGUCCUCCUUCACCCAGGAGAUGCAGAUCCCUUUCCCAGUCUGCCUGGAGAACCCACACGUCAUCGACAAGCACCAGAUCUGGGUGGGGAUUGUCCCUAAAGGCCCCGACGGAGCCCAGCUGAGCUCCGCCUUUGACAAACGGUUCUCUGACGAGUGCUUGUCGUCCCUGGGGAAGGCACUGGGCAACAUCGCCCGUGUGGUCCCGCAUGGGCUCCUGGUCUUCUUCCCUUCCUACCCCGUCAUGGAGAAAAGCCUGGAGUUCUGGCGGGCCCGCGACUUUGCCAGGAAGCUGGAGGCCCUGAAGCCCCUGUUCGUGGAGCCGAGGACCAAAGGAGGCUUCUCUGAGGUGAUGGAGGCUUUCUACACGAGAGUCGCCGCCCCCGGGUCCAGUGGGGCCACCUUCCUGGCUGUGUGCCGGGGGAAGGCCAGCGAGGGGCUGGACUUCGCAGAUGCGAAUGGCCGUGGAGUGAUCGUCACGGGCCUCCCAUACCCGCCCCGCAUGGACCCCCGGGUUGUCCUCAAGAUGCAGUUCCUGGAUGAGAUGAAGGGCCAGAAUGGGGCCCGGGACCAGUUCCUCUCCGGGCACGACUGGUACCGGCAGCAGGCAUCCAGGGCUGUGAACCAGGCCAUUGGGCGGGUGAUCCGGCAUCGCCAUGACUACGGGGCUGUCUUCCUCUGCGACCACAGGUUCAGCUCCGCGGACGCCAGAGCCCAGCUGCCCUCCUGGGUGCGUCCCCACGUCAAGGUGUACGACAGCUUCGGCCACGUCAUCCGAGAUGUGGCCCAGUUCUUCCGCAUCGCUCAGAGAACCAUGCCCAUGCUGGCCCCCCGAGCUGCUGCUCCGAGUCUGGGCGAAGGAGAAGGCACUGCCUCGGUGGCCGUGUCACCCGGCCCCCUCCGCACCAGGAAGGCCACAAGUCUGGAUGUGCACGUCCCUAGCCUGAGGCGCAGACACACGGGCUUGCUGGUCGCCGGGGACGCCGAGGGCAGCCUUUGUGUGGAGUACCAGCAGGAAGCCGUCCAGGCCCGGCGGAGGCCCGUGGGGCUGUUGGCCGCCCUGGAACACAGCGAGCAGCUGGCCGAGGGGCCUGGGGACGAGGCCCUGCCCGCGGAGGAGGAGGCCCCCCGCCACUGCGCCCCGUGGGGCCCUCGUGAGAAGAGGCCAGCGGAGGAGCAGCGUGGCAGGCGGAGGAAGGUCAGGCUGGUCGGCGGCCCGGAGGGGCCAGAAGCCGGCGUGGACACAGGCAGGGCCAAGCUGUUCAUGGCAGCCGUGAAGCAGGCGCUGAGCCAGGCCAGCUUCGACACCUUUACCCGGGCCCUGCGGGAGUACAAGAGCACCGAUGACCUCGCGGCCCUGGCCGCUCACCUUGGCCCCCUCUUUGCCGAGGACCCCAAGAAGCACAGCCUGCUCCGAGGCUUCUAUCAGUUCGUGCGGCCCCACCACAAGCAGCAGUUUGAGGAGGUCUGCUGCCAACUGACGGGCCGAGGCUGCAGCUCCCGGCCCGAGCAUGGCCUUCCCUGGAGGCAGGGAGCACGACCGGCCCUGGACCCCAGCGGAAGGAGGGAGCCUGACCCCAAGCUGACCGUGUCCCAGGGUGCAGCCAGGCAGCUGGACCCCCGCGAACACCUGAACCAGGGCCGGCCCCACCUGGCCUCCGGGCUGCUCCCUGCAGGAGACUCCAGCCGCCGGCCUCCUGAGGGGUCCGGAGCCCCCGGAGCAAAGAAGCACCCGCCCGCUGUGAGUGCCUACCUGGCAGAUGCCCACCGGGCCCUGGGGGCCACAGGCUACAGCCAGCUCCUGGCGGCGCUGACCACUUACAAGCAGGAUGACGACUUCGAGAAGGUGGUGGCUGUGGUGGCCUCACUCACCACCGCCAAGCCUGAGGACCUGACCCUGCUGCAGAGGUUCAGCAUGUUCGUGCGCCCUCACCACAAGCAGCGCUUCCGGCAGACGUGUGUGGACCUGGGCACCCAGGCUCCAGGACCCUGGGAGGGGAGCCCUGCUGCGCCUUCUGACCUCGUCUGUGAGGCUCGCGGGACAGGCCCCUCACUGCCAGAGAAACCCCCCGGGAAGACCCAGAGCAAGAGCUUCUCCUUCCUUACGCAGAGGCCGGCUCGGGGGGCGGGGGCUCCCAGCCGGCCCCCCAGUGCCCCCUGCGGGCAGGCACAGUCCGAGUGGGUGGGCUUGGUGUGUCCUGGCUGCAGGGCGGAGGACGUGGUCCCCUUCCAGUGCCCCUCCUGCGACUUCCACUGCUGCCGGGCCUGUUGGCGACAGCACCUCCAGGUCUCUAGGACGUGCCCGGCCUGCCAUGCUGCCACCAGAAAGCAGAGCCUCACGCAGGUCUUCUGGCCGGAGCCCCAGUGAACGUUGAGACCCUCUGGGCGCUGCAGGGUCUGCGGAGGCUGAGGCCGCCCCUGCCUGGGGCGCAGCCUGGACACUUGCUUGUCGGCUGUGGGUGGGCCAGGCCUGAUACCAGAAACCCCUUGGCCGAGAGCGCACCUGACGGGGAGGCCAGUCCAGUGUCCGUGGGGAGCCCCCUGAGACGGCUGCAGGAUCUGGGCCCCCUGUGAGAGGCCCCGAGGCCACCUUGGGGUCUGGGGUGGGUCCACUGGAAGGUGCUUCCCCAGAACUUCCCUGACCGCCAGCCUGUGGGUGGAGCCCCAGCAGGAAGGAGGGGAGCCCUGCACCUUCUGUCCUGGGGACCUUCCAGGGACCUGCUUGUUUCUCAGGGGCCAGGGUUCUAAUAAAGCUGCCGGCACUGCU